AUACAUUUGACUUGUUGUUGUUGUUAGGUAGUCAGAGAUUUCACAAAAAUAUUUCUAAAAAACAGCUCUCAAAUUUUCUAUACAUGCUGAUUCAACAUGGAUGAACCAUUUCUUCCCAAGACAACACAGAAAGAUACUUACAGAUCAUCAUCCAGUUGGAGAGAAUUCCCUUCAGGUUACCUUGAUCCCAUCACCAAUAAUGAUGCACUUAUCCCAGUUGUCAAGACCCCAAAUGCUUCUCCUUCUCCUUCUUAUGUAAAUCUUCUAUCCAGCUUGAACAAAAACAGAAGGAAACUCCCUCACCGAUCACAUUCUGCUCCCCCUAUAUUCACUGAUGCCAAAGGAUCUUCGACCAAUUUUUUGGACCCUAGACCUACUCCGAAAUCUACUCCAGUAAUCGUCUGGCAAGCCUUUAUUGGCGUAAUCCUGUAUCUACUUAUUGUUGUUGUUACUUUCCUUGUCAGUGGAAAGUUCAAGGGUACCACUACAAGCCGGCCAGUCGAUGCCUUGUACUUCACUGUGGUCACUCUUUGUACUAUAGGAUUUGGCGAUAUCAUUCCGGAUUCCACAUUUACCAAGUUGCUUACUUGUGUUUUUAUAUUGGUUGGUUUUGGUUUUAUAGAUAUUCUGCUAAAUGGACUGGUCACGUACAUUUGUGAUAGGCAAGAAGCAGUGCUGCUGAGUGCUGUAGACGAGAAUCGGUUCAAUACAAUGGUUCAGGCCUAUGUGAUUGAUAGAGCCAAAGGAAGAAUGAGAAUAAGAACAAAGGUCUGCUUGGCCUUGGUGGUUGUCUUUGGCUGCAUUGCUAUAGGAACGAUUGCAGUGCACUUCCUUGAGAGCCUUAGUUGGGUUGAUAGCUUUUAUCUCUCUGUUACUUCUGUGACAACCGUUGGCUAUGGGGAUUAUGCUUUCACCACAAUAACAGGAAGAUGUUUUGCAAUUGUUUGGUUAUUAAUCAGCACUUUGGCAGUUGCCAGGGCCUUUCUAUACUUGGCUGAGUUGAGGAUUGACAAGAGGAAUCGCAUAAUUGCAAAAUGGGUUCUUCAGAAGAAGAUGACACUUGGGGAUUUGGUCGCUGCUGACCUUGAUAAUGAUGGAUCCAUCAGCAAAUCUGAAUUCAUUAUAUACAAGCUAAAGGAGAUGGGGAAAAUAACAGAAAAAGACAUCCUUCUGAUCUGCAACCAAUUUGAUAUUAUAGAUAAUAGCAACUGUGGCAAGAUCACUCUUGCAGGUCUCAUGGAAGCUGGCUGAGCUAAACAGAGGUUGCCCUGUUGAAACAGGGUUUUCCAAAAUAUUUGUUGGUAGGGUUAGUUUGAGAUUGCUGGUGACUGUUAUGGUCUCAGACCAUAAGGUAUGAAAUUUAUUGAAAAUUAUCUGAUAGGAUCAUCCCCUAUGAUCCUCCCUCUCGCAUGGAAGUCUCAUCUUGGAUGAGAUCCAAAAAUCUCAUUUAUGCAAGGUCCACAUGUUUGUGGGAGGAAAGGAAAUAAUCCUAUCCAAUAUUUUGUCUGCAAAAUAACUUUUGAUGGCUACGAUGUCCAAAAGCAUUAAAGAAUAUUUACAUUCUAUAUGCUCUUGGAAUGGUUCCCAAAAGUGCCUCAACUCUUGGUUACUUUAGCCAUAACAUGAACUUCAAAUUGUUGCUUUUGCAAAAUCACAAUUUCAAAUGCAAUGUCAAAGUGGCGAAGAGUAGGUAAAGAAACAAAAUCAUUACUUACAGGGAGUUAGAACAAGUCAGAUGGUGGCCCCUUCAAGGUUUGAUAUUGUACCACGGUCAGCUGGUUCUGAUUAUUGCAAGUAUUCUUCUGCAAGCCAUUAUAAAGAUAUCCAUGACAGCUUCAUUAUCCCAAAAAUUAUUGUACUCUCAGUUGCUUAAUUUCUAAAGGAGUCAGCUUGUAUUUGGUAUUUGGUAUUUGGAAAUUGUAAAUAAAUACUAUUAAGAUACUGUUGAUUACUAUUAGAAAAGCAGCUGUAUCAAAAGUUGCACUCUUAUUUCU